GAGUUCUUCUUGCUUCCUGCUGCCUGCAUCACCCUACGUGAACCAGCACGUGACAGCGGCGCUGCUGCGUGCGCUCCCUCGCGGCGCCUCCCGGCAGCCCACGUGUCCCUCCUCAGCCGCCGUAGCCCGCGAGCCGUGACGGCCCCAGCUCCUGCUUCCGGCUUCCCCGUGUCCCCCUCCUGGCCCACGUGCGCCCCGAGCCCGAUGGCUGCUGCCUCCGCGCCGGUGCUGCUGGGGCUGCGCGACGCCGCCGCCCCCCCGCGGAGCGCUUCCUGCAGCCGGGACAGCCCUCCGCCCCACGGGCUGGCCAGCCGACUGGGCGGCGCUCCGGAUCGCUUCCCCUCAGUCACUCUGGUCCGUCCUGCCUGCGGAAUCUGCAGAGCUGCCUUGAUGCACGUAGUGCAGAUCUAUUGCCCCCUUGAAGGCUCACCUUUCCACCGGGUCAUCAACCUGUUUGCUUGCGCCAAGAAGAGCUGCUGGGGGAAAGCAGAAAGCUGGAAGGCCUUACGGUCGCAGUAUCUGCAAGCAGAAGGAAAAGAAACACAAGAUUGCAAACUGAAGCAGCGGCAAGAAUGUGUGAUGGAAACCAAGGACUGGUGCGAAGGAGCCGAGGACUGGGGGGAAGUCAGAGAAAUGGCGCCUUCUGAACCCAAGACAGGCCUCAGCCGUGACUUACAUCCAGCAUCUGCUCUCUUGCCCAGAGAGGUCGAUUGUGCAUCCCAGUUCCAAGGCCUUUCGUUACAAGAAGCUCCAGGCAUCCUACAUCCUUUGCGCUCCCAUAAGCCAGCCACAGAAGAGCACAUUCUGCCUAGCUACAAUCUGGAGUUCCAGGCCUACUAUAUCAGCGUAGUGGAGGAAGAGGACUAUCUUGGCUGCAAUGAUACGGAUCAUGUCCAAAAACUCCUGAAAGAGUAUCAGCAUCGGGAAGGUGUUGAUUUGGAGGAACUGAUGUCAGAGAGUUACGCAGCUGGCAGUUGUGAUGAGAAGUAUGAGAAGAGUGAAGCUGAGAAGAGAGACCAGGUCUUCCAUAAGUUCAUGAAAAGCAUUUCUGUUUGCCCAGGACAGAUCUUAAGGUAUUCUUGGGGUGGCCAGCCUUUAUUUAUCACCUGCCCUUCAUUGGAUGUCAAGACAGCCGUCCCGCUCUGCAAUAACUGCAAAAGCAAGAGGAUAUUUGAAUUUCAACUUAUGCCUGCCUUGGUCAGCAUGCUCAAGAGUGGAGACGGAGAUGUGUCAGUGGAAUUUGGAACAGCAGUGGUGUACACUUGUGAGAAAAGCUGUUGGCCAGUUGAUCAUCCAACACCCUUGGAAGAAUUUAUUUUUAUACAAGAAGACCCAGAUCAGCAACUAUUUAAAUAAAUCCUAUUUAAUUCUUUGGAUAAGUAAA